AUGGGCAUCGAAACAGAAAACAAUAGCAAUCGUGUCUUGAUGCAGGAUCUGAUCUUAAUCGAGGAUGCUGUCUUCAAUGGAAUCUACAGAACCAUUGACAACUACCUGCUUGUCUGUGGGCACUAUAGGGUCCCAUUCCUUCUCAACCUUCCAAACGCUACCAAGUCUCACCUGGUCACCAGCGAGUUAUACGUUGUGUCGAGGCAGGGGUUGUCUAAGCUCGAUGAAUUGGAGGGAACAAGCCCCAUCAGUAAUCAAACCAUUGAACCACCGUUCACUGCUUCACAUUCCCAAUUCAUCGACAACUCUGGUGUUUUCUUGAGCUCUUCUAAUGGCAAAUUCACAGCCUCCAUAUCCAAUUUCAAAGAAGAAACUUCAAAGUAUUAUUUCUUCAUCACUCAUGAUGGGUCCCGUGCUAUCAUUUGGACAGCAAACAGGAACCACCCCAUUUCCGAUUAUUAUAAGUUGUACUUGUCUACAAAUGGUCUUGCCAUCAAUACUACUGACAAUUCUGGUACAACAACUGUUGUAUGGUCAAGUUCUCAGGUUUCUGUUAUGGAGCUUCAGGAUUCAGGAAAUCUUGUAUUUUGGCUGCUGGGACAUCAUUGGACAGUGAUAAGAGUGAAGAAUGACAGGUCUGAGGGUGACUACAGGCUUGUAGUUACUGGUGAUGAUGCUGUUUUGAAAUGGAAUGGAAUGAGUUAUUGGAAGUUAUCAAUGGAGCCAAAAGCUUUCCAGGAUUCUAAAUUGCCUGUCUCAUUUUUGGCCUUGAACGGUACCGAUUUUAGACUUGCUAAGAUAGGGUCUGAUGGGAAGUUUAGUGUUAGCAGAUAUGUUGAUCAAAAUCGGGAAGAUGCCCUUGUCCACCAAAUUUCCAUGGUGAUCCUUUCUCGGAAGGUGGCAGCACGCCAAGGGAUGCUUCACUUGCUUUGUCCUCAGGCAAUGGAAUGGACUAUUUUGGCGAAUGCUUUGAUGGCUCCUGCAAAACGCGAUACAAGGUCUAUCAUGGCAGUCUUUAACUCCAACCGCGAUCGUUUAGGCAACAAAAAGACUCUGGUUGUAUCUUCGAUGGCAAACCCGGAUGCAAACAACCAGGAUGAAGCUAAAAAGUUUCCAAUUGCAGGUUUGGUUCUAUUGCCUUCAUUUGGGAUCGUUUUGAUUAUCGUUAUUGCUUUAGGAUUCAUUUAUUGGAGAAGGAAUAGACUAUCUGGAACUGCUAGCCAUGGUGAUUCUUCUUUGUCCGACCUUGAGAUAAUUUCUAUCCCCGGUUUGCCAGUGAGGUUUAAUUAUGAAGACCUUGUGGCUGCAACAGAAAAUUUUAGAGCUCAAAUCGGAAGUGGAGGCUUCGGAACUGUAUACAAAGGAACUCUGCCUGACAAAACCAUUGUGGCAGUCAAGAAGAUUACCAAUGUAGGUGUGCAAGGAAAGAAGGAAUUCUCCACCGAAAUUCCGAUUAUUGGAAGUACUCAUGUCAAUCUUGUUAAAUUGAAAGGCUUUUGUACACAAGGGAGACGGAGGUUUCUGAUAUACGAGUACAUGAACGAAGGCAAGAAAGGUUUGAAAUCGCUCUCGGAACAGAAAGGGGACUUGCUUACUUGCGUAGUUCUUGUGAGCACAAGAUUAUACAUUGUGAUGUGA